AACUGUCAAGUGCUCGAUAGUUUGGUACAGUCAGCUGAUGGCAAAAUGCAAUUACACGCUUUCUGUGAUAUUUAAUGAAAUCGGUUGUAAUUUUUGUGCGCAAUUGUGAAUUUCCGUGAGCGAUAUUCAUUCGCAGCUGGUUUAUCUUCAAUUUGAAUUUCUUGGGAAGACUUUCGCAAGGUAGAAGCACAGGAAUUUUUAUACUCCAUUAAGAAAAUCAGAACUGACAGCAUCAAGAUGCCUUUGAACACAGAUAUAUCUACAGCGCUUCAUUUAUUGGAGCAUGUGCAAGAGAGGGUGGAAGAUUGUGAUGAUCCUAAGUUACAAAUGCAUACCACUCAGGAUAUAAAGUCCUUAAUUUCUCUACUGGAGGAUCCGGUAUUCCGUAGCAUAGUGACAAUACAAGAUUCCCUCAUCGAAUUGAAUACUCAGUUGGGUCAGCAUCCAUCUAUAUUGCCUGGAGAUUUUGACAUCAAUAUCAGUGGACAGUUGGAACUUUCUGUUCCUAGUACUCCAGUCCAACCGCUUGGGCCAAAUAUGUAUCAGGAUUUAUACCAAGAUAGUAGCGAACUUGAUGAUCAAAGGGUUCCUGUAGCUCCAUUGGUGCAUAGCAGCAGCGAGGAUACAAGUGCACAGGUUACAAGUCCAAGCUUGGUUUCGGAAGUGAUGGGUAUUCCUCCUAUUACAACAACUACAUACGUCAAGGAGUUCAAAAAAGUUAUUGAGGCUGCAGCUAGAGGUCGUCAGAUAUUUACAGUACAGCUGUACAAGCCUGAGGGAACCAGCCUAGGGUUCAGUGUUGUUGGGCUUCGCAGUAAGGACAAGGGAGAGCUUGGCAUAUUCCUGCAAGAGAUACAACCCAAUGGCAUAGCUGGCUGUGAUGGUCGAUUGGUAGAAGGAGAUCAGAUAUUGGCGAUAGAUGGCCAGCCACUAGACUCGAAUAUCUCUCAUGAGCAGGCAAUCUCGAUUCUUCAGAAGGCACGUGGUCUGGUUGAGUUGGUCGUAGCAAGAAGCGCCCAAGACAUUGGGGGUUCUUUGCCGACGGAUGAAUUGUCCGGAGGUUCGAGUUCGACAGCGGCCGCGGGAGCAGGUGUGUCCAUCAUCAGCGGCGUUGUCGGCGCUGCGACCAGUCAGUCGAGUACCGACAAGGAUCAAUUGGUCUCCGUGUCGUCUGUCGUUACACCGGCGCCAACACCGAAGUCCAGCCAACCAGCCAGCACCACCUCGGCGGCGACACCGACGCCGACACCCACACCGACCCCAACCCCGACCUCGACACCGGUACCCGGUGGCCUCGUCGUCGAAAGGAGCCCCUCCGCCGUCAGCGACGCCUCCAAGAGUGGCUCUGACAUGGUGCUGAACACGGAAUGGGCUCAAGUUGAAGUUAUAAACCUAAUCAACGAUGGCAGCGGUCUUGGUUUCGGAAUUGUCGGCGGGCGCAGCACCGGUGUCGUCGUCAAGACAAUCCUUCCCGGCGGCGUCGCGGAUCGGGAUAAUCGGCUGCAGAGCGGGGACCAUAUAUUGCAAAUCGGCGAUGUCAAUCUGCGGGGGAUGGGAAGUGAACAGGUUGCCGCGGUGCUGCGACAAUCCGGCACACACGUGCGGCUCGUUGUCGCACGGCCCGUGGAGCCGACCUCGCCCGAUUAUCAGGCACUCGGCAGCCACGCUCCGAUCGUACCGACGAAGAUUCUGGGUGACCCCGAUGAGCUGGACCGCUACCUGGUGCACAGCGUGCCGGAGACGUACAACAUACGUCACGUGCAGGGCGAUGCAGGUUACGACAACGGCUACAUGUACUCCCAGGAAUCCGACGUUGAAAUGCACGCAAGACCAGGCCUCAUCAUGGACGUAGUACGCAAUCCUGUGCCAAUUGGAGCAAUGCCAGUGAUACCAGCGGUUCCGGUGCAAAUCUCGGAGCUACCGGUCCUCACCAUGGACACCAUCGACGUUAACUCACUGCCAGAAAUGGAACGCUUCACUGUCGAGCUUAAGAAGGACAUUUACGGCCUUGGGAUCACCAUUGCUGGAUACGUUUGCGAGAAGGAGGAGCUGUCCGGGAUUUUCGUGAAGAGCAUCAGCGAGGGAAGCGCGGCCGACCUGAGCAACAAGAUCCAAAUAAACGAUAGAAUAGUCGAGGUGGACGGCCAUUCUUUACAGGGUUACUCGAAUCACGAAGCUGUCGAAGUUUUAAGGCGCACCGGGCAAACGGUAGUUUUAUGCCUGGAAAGAUACUUACGUGGACCAAAGUACGAGCAGCUACAGCAGGCGAUCGCGGCCAGCGAGCUUAGACUGCCGCAGCCGAGUUCUCCGUCGAUUACGAGCCUACCCAGCUUCCCUAUUAGCGCUGACGGCGAAACCACCACCGAAAUAGAACCGGAGGGCGAGUCGCACACAACUGUGGACAGCGCGGUACUCCACGAAGGCGAGCGCGAACGGACGUCCGAAGAGCUGGACGACGCCGCGAACGUGGAGGCGCUAUUGAGCGAUCCAUCGAGCGAGCUCACGCCGCAGAUCCGCGCAGCCAUUAAGUCCAAGUGGCAGAAAAUCGUCGGUCCUGAUACCGAGAUCGUGGUGGCUCAACUAAAGAAAUUCGCGGAAGGCAGCGGGCUUGGUAUAAGUUUAGAAGGAACUGUGGAUGUUGAGAACGGCCAAGAAGUCAGACCCCAUCAUUACAUACGAUCGAUUCUACCCGAGGGACCGGUGGGGCAAAAUGGGACGCUGCGUUCAGGAGACGAAUUGCUGGAGGUGAACGGAUAUCGGUUGCUCGGUAUUAAUCAUAUGGAAGUAGUUAGCGUGUUAAAAGAAUUACCUAUCCACGUUCGGAUGGUUUGCGGGAGGAACAUUGCGUCACAGGAUCCCCUCUGCCCGAUCGACACUGCUCAACAUCAGGCUGCGUUCCAGACUAGGAGCAUUCUGGGUGGAUCGCUGCAAAACUUAUUACCAACGAUGGAUCGCCUCGUUAAAGCGAAGUCCGAUGGCUCGUUGGCUUCGACAACCACCACUGCUACCGUGACUGACGCCAGUUUGAACAAGAUGAAGUCACGUUCCCUGGAACCGCUAACUGGUCUGGCUAUGUGGAGCUCUGAACCGCAAAUCAUCGAACUGGUAAAGGGAGAGCGGGGCCUUGGGUUCUCCAUUUUGGAUUAUCAGGAUCCAAUGAACCCCAACGAGACUGUGAUAGUAAUAAGAUCGCUCGUGCCUGGGGGCGUAGCCCAGGUGGACGGGCAAUUGAUACCGGGCGAUCGACUUUUGUUCGUGAACGACAUCGCCCUGGAGAACGCGACCCUGGACCAGGCGGUGCAGGCGUUGAAGGGCGCGCCGAAAGGCACCGUGCGCAUCGGCGUGGCCAAGCCGUUGCCCAUCCCAGACAGUAUUGUCCAGAGGGUGCCGCCGAUUUGUCCCGUGAGACGCAGCAAAAGCUUCCCGAACGAAAGCGAAACGACAGAUCACGCGGCCGAACUCGAGGACUUCCUCUCCUCCAGAUCAGGCGUAACAGAGCUAUCAAUGGACAAACCGGAAACGGACGAUGAGGAAGAAGAAAACUGGAAGGACGCGUCGCCGUUGACCCCAACGUACAGUCCCACGGAUCUGCCACGAAAGUUCCCUCAAGACCAGAAGCCUCUGAAGACAGUAGAAGUCGACGUGCACGAGUUCUACCCAGCAAGCAGCGGCUCCCUAGAAGACGUGAUCAUCGCGGACAUAAGCCCAACGUCCUUGGACAUGAAGAUAGCCGCUAGAUACACCCACGACAUGACAACAGGGAUAGAGAAAGUAGCUCCGAAAGUGAAGUUAAAGAACGAGCCGUCGCUAGAAAAGCCACCGGAACCUCAACCAGUCCACAAACGUCUCGACCCGGAAAAAAGGAAAGAACUAAAGCGGACGGACUCCACAGAAAAGAAGUCCACGCCGAAAGAACCGUUGACCAAACGCGAGGAACUGGACAAAGCAGUUAAAAAGAAGAUUCCCAAGAAACAGGACACCGACGCCGACGUAAAACCCACAAGAAAGAGGAUCGACGAGGUGGAAGAGCCUCCCGAAUCCUCGAAGAAGACUCCGACUACACCCGAAGAUUCAAAGAAGGAGGAAGACGCGCCAAGGACAAAGGAGCAGAGGAAGCUGCAAAAGGAGCAGGCGUGCAUAGAGAGAGUCACCGAGUACCUAACGAGGCACAACGUCCUCGUCUAUUCAGACUACAGCCAAGAGUCCAUCCUUCAGCCUCCGCAAGACGCAAAGGAGCAACGAAUACGUCCAUCCACAUUGGAGGAGUUAGACAAAGCUCGUCCAGCCGAGGGAGUCGAUGACAGAGGUACCCAGAGAAUAGAGGAUUCGAAGAUCACCCCCGAGGAAUCGACGAAGACGCCAUCCACCGUGGUCUCCGACAAACCUUGGACCGCCGAGCGACUCCCAGUGACAGUGGCGGAGUCGAAGAACGCGUUGACUCCGGAAGACGCGACCCAGCCGAAACGCAGGAGCUCGAUGCGCAAGAAGACGUUCUCGAGGGAGUCCUCGAGGGAGUCCUUGCUGGACGAGACGAAGAAGGAAGUCAGGAUACAGGAGAACGUCGAGGAGAUCUUCUUCGAAGAGCCCAGCGAACAGAUAUCCGGUAUACUGCCUGAAGUUCAGCUGGUGAAGGCUAGGAUCAUCACUGCUGAGGAGGCAGCGGCCAACAGGGCGGAAGAGGUCGCCAGGGUGGAAGUACAGUCGCCGCCGGAAGUGGUGGUCUUCGUCGACUCGAUCAGAGUGAGGAGUGGUAGAGUACCUUCGCCGGAAACGGUGGACACGUCGCACCUGCAGCUGGUCAACCUGGCGAAGUCGACGUCCGAGAACACGCUGGUGGACCAGGUCGAAGAGGAGAACAGGGUGUCCGAGAGGAAUUUGAAAGCGGAGAUUCUGUUGGAUUUGUCGAAGGUACCGGAUGUCGGCGAGGUGCUGGGGAAGGCUGCUGAGGGGGAGAGGAAGUUGAGCAGGACUGGCAGCGAGGGCUCGAAGAGGGGAGAGCUUAGGAGGAUCAAGGAUAGGGAUGGAUUUAAGAUUGGAAGCCUCGCGCAACCGGAUCAGCCGGAGCUCACGGUUCUGCUGGAGGCUGGUGUCACGGAGAGGAGGAGGGCGGCUGAUGAGGAAAGGGAGGGCAGAGUUCUUGAGGAUGGAUCGAAGAGGAUCGCUAAGAGCCCGGAGGAGCCAGGCGAAGGCGACAGCCCGCAGCAGCCGGACGAGAAGGUCGAGGAGCUCGAGCACCCUUCGCGGCGGACCGCUGACUCGGUCAAGUGUCCGAAGCCAGACGACAAGGAGUCUCGAAAAGAAGAGGACCCGGCAAGAAGAUCGCAGGAGUCCCGCGAUUAUGACAGGACGCCCUGGCAGCAGAGGCGGCCGGUGCUGGAGGAAGUCUCGACCAAGCCGGCCGAUGACGCAGUGAUCAGCAAGGAGCACUCUCUCGAGUAUCAGAGCCAGACGCUCGAGAGCCAGCGUGGUCUGGGGUCUAGCUCGUUAGAGGACCUACUGAAGACCAUCCCUGACACCUGGUCGGCGAUCAGAGGUGACCGCGUCGAGCACAGCUUCAAAGAGACCCAGUAUUCCCCGAAAGAGAAGCAAGACGCUGCCACCCAGACCGAGCAAGAGACGAAAAGCACGCAGUGUAGUCCCGAGCAAAGUGUCAGUCCUUCGGAGAUCUCCAAAGACAGUCCCUUGAGAAGGUACUAUAGUCCUAGGAGAGAGGUAGAGACUCAGACUCAAGGCGAGAACAAAAGUGUCCAGUGCUCUUUGGACGAUUUCGGUGGCCUCUCGAAGACCCCCGACUUAGAGAACAGUUUCGACAGCCCGUCCAGGUCAGAGAAGAGCCAGGUGAAGGAGAGCAAAAGCAUCCAGUGUAUACCCGAGGAUAUUUCCACCAGUCCUGGUAAGACUGUCGGUGAUCAAUCAUCCGGGGUUCAGAAGAGUCCUAGGAAAGAGGCUGAAGUUCAGACUUAUCAGGAGUCGAAAGCCGUUCAGUGUAGCGAUGACGAGAUUCUAGAGGCCGAGUGCAGCGCAGGAGGCUACCGCGCUAGGUUCCAGAGCAGGCCGGCCAGCUACGCGUCGCAGAAGACCGAGAGCUCGCCGUCUUCCGGCUGCAGCUCGCCGUGCAAGCUUCCGACGGUCGCGUUCGCCGAGGACAGGGCAGACAUGACGGUCACGCAGAGGGAACACGACGGGAACGUGAACUGGUCCAAACACUGGGGCCCCGAGAGGCUGGUCGAGAUCUACAGGGAGCCGAAGACUAGUCUUGGCCUGAGCAUCGUUGGCGGAAAGGUUGACCUGCACAAUGGCAGUUCUAGUAAGUCUCAGAACAUAUCUGGGAUCUUCAUAAAGAACGUAUUGCCCAACAGUCCGGCCGGGAGGACCGGCGAAUUGAAGGUCGGGGACCGAAUAAUCGAGGUCGAUGGCGUGGACCUGCGGCACAGCACGCACGAGCGGGCGGUUGAGGUCAUACAAGCCGCCGGAAAUCCUGUGUGUCUUCUCGUCCAAUCUCUGGUGCACCUGAACGAAAACGAAGGUGGCCAGAGCGAGGACAGCGGCAGCAGACUAGGCAGACGGCAGAGCACCAAGAAUCGAGUGCCUACCAGCGGAGUUGCUCCCGGUACGCCUACCUAUCGUCAAGCCGUGUCACCUGUCACGUCAGCCAGGUCCACCACGCCGGAAGUGAUACAGGGAAGAGUCGAAGAAGAAGAAAAGCAGAGUAGUUCGAGGUCGGAUUUCCGAAGGCAAAGUACAAGAGCAUCAGAUGGCGCGGGAUCCAGCGCGAGAAGAUCCUCCAUGAAAAAGUCAAUUCGGAAGAAGGCGCCGUCACCGCCCUCCAAUCCCGGCAUUUUACGCGAGGUGAGCGAGGAGAAGGAAGAUAAUGCCGCGAAACCGGAAGACAAGACGCCGAGGCGGAAGUAUUCGUCGGACGAGAGCUCUGAUGAAGAUACGAGAGAACUCGAGGGAAACAUUUAUACGAAAGCUGGCAUGGAGAUCUCGAGAAAGAGCGCAGGAAAUGUGAAACGAACGAAGCAAGAGAUCGAAGCAGACCCUGAGAAGGAAGAUGAGUUCGGUUACACGAAUAUGAAAGUUCAAAAGAAGUACCAUGGGUUGGGAAACAAAGUGCUAUUAGUCAAAGUGGAUAAGGAUAGGCGUGGUUUGGGUAUUUCUCUCGCCGGGCACAGAGACAGGAACCGAAUGGCAGUGUUCAUUUGUGGCCUUAAUCCAAGAGGUUCCGCUUAUAAAGGAGGAGAGCUGCUCGUCGGCGACGAAAUACUCGAGGUAAAUGGAUGCGUUCUCCAAGGAAGAUGUCACCUGAACGCGUCCGCCUUAAUUAAAGGAAUGGCUGGUACCUGUUUCAAAGUUGUCGUUGUACGGAGGUCAAAGAGCAUCGACGACAUCGCUGUGAAACCUAUCAGCCAGUUCCCUCCUGCUCUGGAUGACUCGGAAAUGUUCAGCCAGUACAAAGGCGUACGCAACGUGCCCGUGAAGAAGGGUCAGUAUGGUCUGGGUAUAAUGAUCAUCGAAGGAAAACACGCGGAAGUCGGUCAAGGUAUAUUCAUCUCUGACAUACAAGAAGGUAGCGCCGCUGAACAGGCCGGUUUACAAGUGGGCGACUUGAUCUUGGCUGUUAACCUGGACUGCCUGUUGGGUUCAACUUACGACGAGGCUACCAGUCUUCUAAAAAAAGCUGAAGGAGUUGUGACGCUCACUGUGUGCAAUCCAAAUCAGUCUAAGGUCGCGAAGGAAGAGGAAGACAGGGCAAAGGGUAUACUUCCUACACCAGAGCCAGAGAAACCAAAGGAACCAGAGAAACCGCCAGAGCCUGAGCCGCCUCAAGAUCCAAAGGAUUGCAAGAUCGUGGCCGGAAGAGAUACGGUUAUAGAGUUCCAGAAAGAGAAAGACAAAGGCAUUGGCUUCACUAUAGCUGGUGGCUCGGACACUCCAUGUAAAGGAGUGUUCAUCAUCGAAGUGUUUCCAGACGGCGCGGCCGGCAAAGAUGGCCGCCUGCAGUCCGGUGACCAAAUACUCGACAUGUGCACUCAUAGUUUCAAGGAAAUCGAGCACGAGAAAGCUCAUGCGACUGUUCUGAAAGUUACUGGAACUAUCACGAUGACUGUCCAUCGGCAAGAGAAGCCUGAAGAAGAAAUCGAAGUCGAGUUGCAGAAGAAAUCCGGCAAAGGAGCUGGCCUCUGUUUGACAGGAUAUAAGAGCGGCAAAGGGGCAUACGUAUCAGAUUUGUUGCCGGGUGGUAGCGCUCUGGAGAGCGGGAAAAUUUGCAAAGGUGACCGAGUGGUGGCGGUAGGUGGCCAAGACGUACGAGAAGCUCCAGUCGAGGACAUCGCGGUUCACGUGAAAGUUUCUAACCCGGUGCAAUUGAAACUUGCCAGGUUCAAGUCUGCCAAGCAAUGACAGGGUUCUGCAGGCGGAACUCUAAACACAAACCUUCGAAGGGGGAUUCCCAAGAGAUAUCGCGGACUUUAGUGUGAUAUAACUGACUAUACCAAAGUAACUAUAGCUCUAAGUACCGUUUUACUAUAAGCAUCGUAAUUCUAUUUAAACAAAAUACAAAGAGAAAGAGAGAUAGAGAGGAAGGGAAGGUGGGAAGGAGGCAAAUCGCAGGUUAAGUUGAAUACUUCAGGCGAGGCAUUGCCUCGGAAAUGAAACUUAAGCUACGUUCUCAUCGCGUCUCCGUGUUCCGAGUUUUUCACGCAGCGUAGAACACAAUACGACGUGAUUGGAAACCAGCGGGAGUAUUCGUGGACAUACGGUAAAAGAACAAUACGAUUUUAUAGGGACUCUCAGCGAGCAGCCAUGUUAACCGUUGACACGCGACUUAUCCGGCGACGCUUAACGUCGAACUUGUAAAGAUUCCGUCUGCCAUUGAUGAACAUCCGGGCAAGUAGUCGAUAACGAUAACGUUACACGCAUAUUAUUUAGUAACGACAGAGUAUUUAUGCAGUUAUAGUAUAAUUAAUAUUGUAACAGCUACAAGGACGUCGCACGGUGGAUGAAAUUUCGCGGGCCGCGUGAAAGGAAAAGAGUUAGGGGUCAUGUACACAUCGAAACUCAGAAAAAAUGGCGGAAGGCUAUGAAAAUUGAUUCGCGACGAAAAUUCGUCGGUGAUUAAUUAACGAACGAAUGAGAAUGAUUCAUUUCUGGGGACUCUUUUCCUUUUGAGGUCGGUCCACCGUGUCUUCAUACGAAUAGAGAUCUUGCUUGUACGUUUCGUAUUACUUACAUUUAAGUUAGGCGACUUUUAUUGUUAGUGACAUUAGGGGUCGCGCAGUUUUACCAUCCGUGACUAUCACGAUAAAAUUCUAACUCUCCUCGGGAUCGACGUUUCAAAAACCCACGAUCCGAGAGACUUUCGUAGGCGAGGCGACAUUUUCAAGUUACGAACGCUACGUUGUAGAUGAUAGGUAACAGGUGAACGGAUCAUUCGCCACUGUUCGGCCGUUUCGGCGUUGCGCUGCUGACAGGGGAAUAUCGAAAAUUUUUAUUUUCCUUUAAAAGUCACCAACAUGGUGACUGAGUUCCUUUAGAAUGUACGUUCUUCGUUCAUUUAAAUUAAAUUUAUUCUUUAUUUCACAAGUACAAAACGGAUACGAAGCGAUUGUUGAAAUGACCGUUUAACCUUGUAUAAAUUAACAAACUGAAGGAUGAAAUUCUUUAAGAUUUGUAAUUCCAAUGAAAAAAACGUUCCCAGCCACGUUCACCUGAAACUCAUUUUAUAAGAUUUUAUAGAGCGCGAGGAGACGUUAAAUGGUCAUGUUAACGAUUCUUUCGUAUGUUCAUCUCGAGGGACCAAACGGAAACGAACAGAUAAGGUCCUCAAAGUAUCCAAAGAACUUGGAAUCUCCCAAAAUUUCAAAUUUCCGUUUUAUCGAGUUUCCCGUGGAAAAGUCAGGUCGUGGCGUGCGGGUGACGUCUAUUGGCGUUCGCCGAGCGUGCUCAACGAAUACGCGAACGAGACAGCCGUGCAGCAGCGUCCAUUCACGGUGCCGAAACGGUGGAAGAGUCGAGUGGUCGAGCUUCGACGAAAGUAAUCGUUCGCAAAAGACUUGUUAUAAACACUAGACUGGCUUGUUGAUCGCGUGUAGUUCAAUUUAUCCUAUUAUCCUAGUCCUUAGCGUAGAUUUUCAACUGAAUGAUGGAGGAGAGCGGAGAUGAGCGCGACAGACGAAGUAUACGUAUAGUUACACACGAGAAAACGACACGUUUAUUUGGACGAAGGGAUUAUUCAGCAGCAAAGAUGUGCGAAGUCCUGAAAAUGCUAGGUCAAGUCUGUUUACGAAUACUUUUCGAACAUUCUGAGAUCUCAGUUGUUGCUUUGGAUUUAUUUUAAAUCGCGUGGACGUAAUUAUUGAUUCGUCUUAAUCUAUUCAGUACAUGGACAAAAAGACUAAUCGAAUUUCUACUAUAGUAAGUUAUGAAGAUUUAGCGAAGAGAUGAUCGUUGUUAGAUAUAGUAAAAUUUAACACUAGAACCACCGUGCCUGUCAAAAUGACUGAUGUUUUCUUCUUUCGCAGUUAUUGAUAUCUUAACACCAGACUUACGGAAUUUAAAUAAAAUUGAAUUUUAUAAACAUUAUUUGAUAAAUGUUUGGGUCGAUUUUGAUUAAUUCAAUUACGUGAUUAUGGUUCCUAAUAAUACAUUUUUAAAUAUUUAAUUUCUAGAUCUAAACGGACGAACAUCAAUCUUUCUGGGAACAAUAGAAUAAACUGUACAAUAAGUGUCCGUAAAUCUGGUAUUAACACGUUGCCUGCCACGAGAAUUUCGAAUGUUUUGUGUAACGAUACAUAUUCCUUCAUAACAAAGACAAAUGUCAUUAGAAAUAAUUAUUAACGACUUGGUAUCACAGUAUACGUGUUAUACUAUCAUCCAGUUGUUUGUAUUAUUAAGUAUUUUUUUUCGACAUCAGUUUUCUUAUUGUAAUUGUCUUUAACCAAUUAUGAAGCUCCGGUCACCGGUGACUACCAUGCCAGUCAACGUGUUAAAAGCAUUGAAUAUUCGAAAUCUUGG